UGGGGUUCUUGAUUCACGUGUAUGCUCUCUCUUCAAAGAAUAUUUUUAUAGGCUUUUAUUGUUUUUGCUUAAAAUUUACUCUUUUCUGUUCAUACCAAAACCAAAAAUGAUCAGUGAGCAGUCGCAACCACCUCCUAUUCAUCGGAUCGAUGCAGACGACGACGACGACGACAACGUUAAACAGCUCAAACAAUGUUCUUCUCUCUACUUGGCUUUACAGGAUUGUCUUAUAAAGACCAAUAGGAACUGGAAAUCCUGCCAAAUGGAAGUUCAAGCUUUGAAAUCUUGCAAUGAGAAGAAGAAAGACAGAGAAAAGUGAGAUAUGACAAACUAGAGGGAGAG